CGCGUGUGUUUUCCACGGAAAAAAAAUAGCCUAUCUCUCUGCGCGAACUGACAGCUCGAGAUGGUUGAGCGAGAAGCUGAAGAAAAAUCGAGCGAGGCCAAUCACGAAGAAAUCUAUGAUCCUUAUCUGCAUCGUGUCACUUACAGACCAGUAUCAGACUUUGGAUCUUUCGCGAAUUUAGUGAAAAGUGCGGCUGGAACGGGUCUUUUCGCCAUGCCGAACGCAUUCGCCUGCGUCGGACUCUUCAUCGGGAUUAUCAGUACGGCGUUCAUGGGAUUGCUGAUAACCGGGUCCCUUCAGUUGCUCGUUAGAAUCCAUCAUCUGAUGUGCACUCGUCUGAGAAAACCCGUCUUGGUGUAUGACGAGGUGGUAGUCGCCACUUUAACGACGGACACCCGAAAACCGUGGCUCUCCCCGCGCACUGCAACGUUCAAUUAUCGUUGA